UACGGCGGAAGUUAUCCACCCGGAAAUAAAGUGGCUCGUUUUGUGACGUCGAGCUGGAAUCUUCUUAUACUAUACGUCAUUCGACCGAAAAAUGCUACUGUGCGCAUAAGCGAGUGGCAGGUUAGGUUGACGUUGCUGUACAUGGCCGGGUUAUUGUACAUGUCAGGAUGCUCUCCGUCAGUUUCUCGUGGCCCGUCUGUAUAAUUUUGCUCGCCCCGCUGACUCCUAGCCACGCGCUGUACUUUCACAUAGGGGAGAUCGAGAAAAAAUGUUUCAUAGAGGAAAUUCCCGAUGAGACCAUGGUAAUAGGGAAGUACAGAACCCAGUUAUGGGACAAGCAAACAGGGUCUUUUCUCCCCUCAACACCUGGUCUGGGAAUGCAUGUGGAGAUCAAGGACCCAGAUACCAAGAUUGUCCUGUCACGUCAGUAUGGUUCAGAUGGUCGUUUUACCUUUACAUCACACACACCUGGAGAGCACCAGAUCUGCCUGCAUUCUAAUUCUACCAAGAUGGCCCUCUUUGCUGGUGGAAAGCUUAGAGUACACUUGGAUAUUCAGGUCGGAGAACACACCAACAACUAUCCAGAGAUUGCUGCAAAAGACAAACUCACAGAAUUGCAGCUGAGGGUCCGACAGUUACUUGACCAAGUAGAACAGAUCCAGAAGGAGCAGAACUAUCAACGGUAUCGAGAGGAGCGGUUCCGUAUGACCAGUGAGAGCACAAACCAGCGAGUGCUUUGGUGGUCCAUUGCUCAGACUCUCAUCCUCAUCAUCACAGGAGUCUGGCAGAUGAGACACCUCAAGAGCUUCUUUGAGGCCAAAAAGCUGGUGUAACACACAUCAUAGCAUGUUUAGACAGGGAAAUACAGACAUACUUGUGGACAGUUUCAUGAUAUGGGCAUACAGAUAUACAAACAGACAAACACGAUGUACAAAUACACAGACAAAUUAACAACCAUGCAUGUACACAAACACCUGGUGAAAGAGCCAUUUCAUUGAAAAUCAAAUAAAUACGUUUUAGACCAAAUAUCUUUAUGGACAUUAAAAAGGUGGUGCGUUUAUGUUUUUCUACCAGGUUUCACAUCAUGUGAAUCUCAAAAAUAAAAAAUAACAUUUUAACACAGAGGGUGUCUUCAUAAGGUUUAAGUAAACCGUUCUGUGCAAGUACUAUUUGUAAAUCGCUCUGGGUAUGAGUGUCUCCUAGAUGAAGUAAUGUAAUGUAAUGUACUGUACACUGAUGAAAGCACUGUGUGUGCCAAAAUAUCUCAUCAGUGAAUCUAGUUGCAGUUGAUGAAGGAAAUGGAAAAUUCUAUGUACUUAAUAGAAGCUUUAAGAAGUCGCUUUGGAUGUUGCUUAUACGAGGAAAGGACACAUUAAAUCUUUCAAAAUCAUGGAUAAAGUCAUAAUUGUAUAAGAUCUGCGAGAAAAAGUUUAUUUACCUUCUGGGUUAUGGUGGUAAAGAAAUUACAGCUGUUGAACAUUGCAGGUGCAUUAUCAUAGGUGCACUUCAAGAAAAACAACCCCAAAAAGAGGUUUAAUUCAUCAAUUAGCAACUGUGAUUGGCUUUUGUGUUAUGUUGUUUUGUGUUGUGUUGACAUUUUACCUAGAUAGUUGGUCCCUUCCAUGGAGAAGCCCAAACCUGGUCACAAAAUGUAGUUUACAUUUGGAUAAUCAUCCAGUUACAUGACCUAAUUUGUAACCCAUCUGUUACAAGAACGGAAUCAAUGUUUCUGUUAAUCCACUGCAAUCUCCUACCAUUAGUCAUAAUAAACACCUAUUAUAGGAGCGUCAUCUAAAUUAGCAUGAGAAAUUCAGCAAGGAGGAAUUGUGAAAUAAUAUAUUAAUUCCAAGGCAGAUUGAUUCCUAGGGUACGAUUUUUUUUGAGCACUACAAUUAGAUACAGAGGCAAGUUUUGGGCAGACUAUUACAGAAAUACAGUUCUUACAUUUUUUAGUUUUAUGCAACAAAUACUGAAGACUUGCAUCAUUAAACAUAAACCAUCUUAUUAUACAGGGGAUAUGAAUGGAUUUAACUGUCCCUGUUGUGUUGUACUACAGACAUGAAAGUGUAUAUAUGAAUGUAAAUAUAUUUGUUACAUAUUUUCGGGCAACAGCAUCCUCCUUUACAGUCAGGUGGCAUGUUGGUCAGGUUUUGUGAUACAGACAUCCUGUUUGGAUGUGUUUUCAAUGAAGUAACUUGAAAUAUUAAAAAGAGUAAAUCAAACAGUUACAGAGGGGACGUCUCAGCUCUGACAAGGACCCUUGGAUCUGACAUUAGCUGACAAGUCAGGUACUAAGAAUGGGUGUACAUGGAAUAUAGAUGUGACUAUUUAUCAUGGUGUACAUACAAACUGGGGAACAGAUUUCACAAUAAAUGUGAAUUAUGUGAUGGUUUCAGAUAAACUGUGGAACUGUUCACACUCAGGGUGCUCACUUGCAGAAAUAUGUGAAGGCAUACUGUCAAAUUUUCAGAAAAGAUAGUAGCUUAGUAUGAAAUGAAAAUUUCAAGAACUUGACAUUAUCUAAAAUACAUGUUUGAGAACCAUUCCUAUAUUUAAUCAAAAACAGCCCAGUGGUAACUUAAGUAGUGUACACUGAUCCAACUAAAUACACAUCUGAGGUCACAGUUUCAAUGCAAUUUAUUAAUGAGGAAUUUCCAUAUUAAACUUU